AUGGCAGAGGACUUACUCCAGACCUUGGGGCCUCUGGUCCCUGAGGCUUCAAACCCCAGAAGGAUCUUCUUGGACGCCAACCUGCGGGAAGGUUACUGCCCCCUGAUGCCACACACCAUGCACUGCCUCCCACUCUGGCCGGGCAUCUCCCUUGUUCUCCUGACCAAGGGCCCCAUGACGCAGGUGGCCAUCGCCUUGUACCAGCUGCUGGAUGGUUUCUUGGUGCUGGAGAGGAAGCUGGAAGAAGGGCCAGAGGCAGGAUCCCCACGCUCCUUCCCAUUCCUGGCUGAGCUGCGGCAGCGCAUGGACAAGUUUGUGAAGAAGCUGAGUGGGCAGGACAUCCAGAACACCUGGGUGGACCUCAAGAACAAGAUAUUUUCCCGGAGUGAGCCUGCGAGCUCCUUGGAGCUGCUGCAGGCAGUGGCCAACGUGAAGCGGCAGCUCUGCUCCGUGUACCGCCAGCUCUUUCUGGCCUCUGCCAGUCACAGCCUGUCCCAGGGGCUGCGGGACCGUGCCCAGAAGCUGAUGAGGGAGAAGCUGCUGGACUGGCGGGACUUUCUGCUGGUGAAGAGCAGACGCAAUAUCACCAUGGUGUCUUACCUGGAGGACUUUCCUGGCCUGGUGCACUUCAUCUAUGUGGACCGCACAGCCGGGCAGAUGAUGGCACCGUCGCUCAGUGUGACAGAGAAGUCCAGCUCGGAGCUGGGCAAGGGCCCCCUGGCUGCCUUCGUCAAGAAGAAGGUCUGGUCCCUGAUUGCGUUGGCCCGGCGAUACCUACAGAAGGGCUACACAACGCUCAUGCUGCAGGAUGGUGACUACUGCUGCUCCUACUUCCUCUGGUUUGAGAACGAGCUGGGCUACAAGCUGGAGGUGAUGGAGGUGCCGGUUCUCUCCGAUGAUUCUGCUCCCAUCGGGAUGCUGGCAGGAGACUACUACAGGAAGCUGCUGCGUUACUACAGCAAGAACCACCAGGCAGAAGUGGUGAAGUGCUACGAGCUGCUGACCGUGCACCUGGGCAUCAUCCCCUCUGAGCUCGUGGUCCAGCAGGCCUGCGACUUGGCCCGGCGCCUCUGGGAGCCCUCCCGCAUCCCCCUGCUCUGA